CAGUCCAGUGUGAGGUCAAGGAGCCAAGGACCCAAAACCGAAACGGCAAAACCCCGCCUCAAAACCCGCCCAAAGCGAGCUGCCGAGACCAGCACCACCAUUGUCCUCCUGCGCCGAGAGCUGAAGCCUUGGGCACAGCAAGAGAGAGCCCACUUCUUCCCCUUCCCCUUCCCCUGACCUCGGCUCAUCGAUUGCGAUGAUGGAGAUUCCACCACGCGCGCCUGCCUCCUCCUCGUUCCACCCGUAGCCGCUCUCCCUUUUCCUCCGCAUAAACAUAACAGAUAACCCUCCUUCCUCGCUCCAUUCCCCAAGCAAGCAGCAGCAGCACCCCCGCCUCGGUUCUCGGAGUAAGUUUGGAUUUUGAAAUCUCAGAAAAUGGGCAAGGCGGAGAAGCUGGUGGUGGAGGUGGUGGCGGCGCACAACCUGAUGCCCAAGGACGGGCAGGGCUCCUCGUCGGCGUACGUGGAGGUGGAGUUCGAGCACCAGAAGCGCCGCACCCGGCCCAGGCCCAGGGAGCUCAACCCGGUCUGGAACGAGCGCCUCGUCUUCCCCGUCGCCGACCCCGGCGACCUCCCCUACCGCGCCAUCGACGUCGCCGUGUACAACGACCGCGCCCUCGCCGGUGGGGCCGGGAGCGGCGGGCGGAACUUCCUCGGCAAGGUCCGCGUCCCGGCCGCCGGCGUGCCGGCACCGGGCGAGGAGGCUGUGACGCAGCUGUUUACUCUCGAGAAGCGCAGCCUCUUCUCCCACAUCCGCGGCGAGAUCACGCUCAAGGUUUACCGCAUCGGCGGCGGCGGCGGCGGCGGCUCCGGGGACAAUGUUGUUGCCAAGGCGUCGGCGUCCAAGCAGGAGAAGCCGACCAAGGUGGCGGUGAGUGGGCCGGAGGUGGUCGCCGCGCCGCAUGCUAACGGGGGAAAGAAGCAGCACCAUCCGCAUCAGCAUCAGCAGCAGCCGAUUGUGGCCGUGCAGCCCCCGCCGCCGCAGCAGCAGCGGCAAGCGCCCAUGGCCAUGGACAUUCUCCCUCAGCCGCAGCCGCAGGUUCCCAUGGCAAUGAAGCCGCCGGUGAUGUUCGCGGACCACCACCACUACCCCGUCCCGACUGCCAUGUUCUCCGGCCGCCCAGGCGACUUCUCCCUCAAGGAGACGCGCCCCCGGCUCGGCGGCGGCGCGAGCGCCGACAAGGCGAGCGCCACCUACGACCUGGUCGAGCAGAUGCAGUACCUCUACGUGCGCGUCGUCCGCGCUCGCGGCGCGGCGGCGCCGGCCGAGGCCGUCGCGGAGGUCAAGCUCGGUAACUACCGCGGCCUGACCGCGGCCACUUCCGCCGGCUCCGGCGGCCACCACCACUGGGACCAGGUGUUCGCCUUCUCCAAGGAAACCAUCCAGUCCUCCUUCGUCGAGGUCUUCGUCCGCGCCGCCCGCGCCGGCGGCGACGACCACGCCGGCCGCGUCUGGUUCGACCUCUCCGAGGUGCCCCGCCGCGCGCCGCCGGACAGCACGCUGGCGCCGCAGUGGUACGCCAUGGAGGACCGCAAGGGCGAGCGCGGCGGGGUGGAGGUCAUGGCCGCCGUCUGGUACGGCACCCAGGCCGACGAGGCCUUCGCCGAGGCCUGGCAUUCCAAGGCCGCCGGCGUCCAGGGCCCUGGCCCGUUGGGCUCCAUCAAGUCCAAGGUCUACGUCGCCCCCAAGCUCUGGUACCUUCGUGUGUCCGUCGUCGAGGCGCAGGACCUGCUGCCCAUGGACAAGGGGCCCAUGACCAUGAGCCGGUACCCGGAGCUCUUCGUGCGCGCGCAGGUCGGCAACCAGAUGCAGCGGACACGGCCCUCGUCGGUCGUACCCAACCGGGGCCCGUCGAGCCCGUUCUGGAACGAAGACCUGAUGUUUGUGGUUGCGGAGCCAUUUGAGGAGUUCUUGGUGUUGCAGGUGGAGGAUCAUGUGUCGCCCGGAAGGGACGAAAUUCUUGGCCGCCUUGUCGUCCCAGUGUCCAACAUUGAGAGACGCUGGGAUGAGAAGCUUGUUGUCUCCAGGUGGUAUGGGCUGGACCGUGGCACCGGCGGCGGCAACGUGGCCAUCAACAAUCCAAACAGGUUUGGCAGCCGUGUUCAUCUCCGGUUGAGUCUCGAUGGUGGCUACCAUGUCCUGGAUGAGGCGACAGCAUAUAGCAGUGAUCUCCGGCCCACGGGGAAGCAGCUGUGGCAGCCGCAUGUUGGGGUUCUUGAGCUCGGCGUGCUUGGCGCCACUGGACUGAUACCAAUGAAGGCUCGUGAUGGCAGGGGUGCCACGGCAGAUUCGUAUUGUGUUGCAAAGUAUGGCCAGAAGUGGAUCCGCACUCGCACCGUCGUGGACUCUGUUUGCCCGCGGUGGAACGAGCAGUACACCUGGGAGGUGUUCGACCCUUGCACUGUCAUCACCAUCGGUGUGUUCGACAACUGCCAUGUUGACAAGCCACAAUCAGGGAACACAUCUGUGGUUGUCCGAGAUAAUUGCGUUGGCAAAGUCCGGAUCAGGCUCUCGACAUUGGAGACCGACAGGGUGUACACCCAUGCAUACCCACUCCUUAUGCUGCAUCCGUCGGGGGUCAAGAAGAUGGGGGAGCUCCACCUUGCUGUGCGCUUCUGCUGUGGCAAUGCCGGCAACAUGUACCAUGCCUAUGUACGCCCACUGCUUCCGAAGAUGCACUAUGUUGAGCCGCUGCUCGUGCGCCAGGUUGAGAGCCUUCGGUUUCAGGCGACGAGUGUCGUUGCUGCCCGGCUGGGCCGUACCGAGCCACCGCUUGGCAAAGAGGUUGUGGAGUAUAUGCUGGAUCACCGCUCACACCUAUGGAGUAUGCGACGCAGCAAAGCAAAUUUCUUCCGCCUUGUCGCUGUGCUCUCUGGUCUGAUUGCCAUUGGCAAGUGGUUUGAACUUGUUCGCUCCUGGCAUCGCCCGGUGCAUUCAUGCCUUGCUGUUUUCACAUUCCUGGUGUUCGUCCUGAUGCCAGAACUGAUCCUUCCAACGGCCUUCCUGGUGAUGGCCUUCACUGGGCUAUGGAGGUACCGGGUCCGUCCGAGGCACCCACCUCACAUGGAUAUGCGGCUAUCUCAUGCAGAUGCAGCCACCGUGGACGAGCUUGAUGAGGAAUUCGACACUUUCCCUUCAAGCCGGGGGGAUGUCGUGCGCUUCCGGUAUGAACGCCUCCGCAGCGUGGCUGGGAGGGUGCAGACAGUGGUGGGUGACAUAGCGACGCAAGGUGAGCGGAUGCAGGCCGUACUCAGCUGGCGUGACCCAAGGGCGACGCUCCUGUUCUCCAUUGCCUGUGUCACAGCGGCGGUCAUUGCAUACGCCGUGCCGAUGAAGGUGCUGAUCGGGCUGUGGGGCCUGUACGCUAUGCGCCCACCGAGGUUCCGCAGCAGGAUGCCGUCCCCGCUGAUGAACUUCUUCAGGAGGCUUCCUUCCAAGGCCGACAUCCUGCUCUGAUCCUAGCUUGCAAUCUCUGCAGCUGCAAAUCGGUAACUAACCUUGUGAUCGAUUCAGUUAGUGACAUUCUUUUGGUGGGAAGGGGAUGAUGCUUCAAAGGAUCUAGUAAGAAAAUAGACUUGUUGUUUGUAGGUGGUGCCUGGAGUGUGUGUUGCUUAGCUUAAUGCCGUUAGUGUUAGGUAAUGUAUGCUGCUGCUUUCUGGUGCAUCUUUCAGCUGGAGCAGCAGUAGAAGAAGCCUUGUAGUAGCUAGCAUAGCAGCCUAGUGCUGCUGUUCUUCUAGUAUCGGUUGCAGUUGUUCAAAGACAGUGUUAAUUAGAUGGCAAUUAUCUAUGACUCUACGAGACGAUGAUUGGUUGAUGAGACAACCGGUUGUCCACAUGCUUGACGUUAUCUUUAUGGUGUUAUCCAUGUUGUGUUGCUGUUGUUAGCAUGCAGUAAUAGUAAAUCUGUGAUGUGUUUAUCAAUAGUAUAUCUGUACUUUAGCCAUGGUGGUCGUGGCUCUCACAUGUGUGUUGCUUUGUUUUGUCUUCAGAAUAAAAAUCUUGUCUUGAGAGUUAA